CUCCACGGGCGACGUCCACGAACCUUAAUAACCCCAUCAUUACCACGUUCGGAAAGAGAAGACGAACCGCAACGAGAAGCAUGUCUUUUGUUCUUCAGCCCGUGCAGGCCCAGCAGUACACAUGCAGGACAUACUGUUGCGAAGCCACACGGCUAUCUCAGUGUCACCAUGGCACAAUUGCAGAGCCUCAUCACUAAGGCGACACCAACGUCUGCCCUACUAUUGACCGCCGGCUUGCUCGGGCUAUGGGUGGUCUUCCAGCUAUUCUCUUACCUCCGAGAUCCAUUAAGAGACAUCCCCGGACCAUUCUGGGCAAGAUUCACCCGGCUGUGGUACCUCAAAGAAAUCGCCAAUGGACAAUUCGAGAAGACCAAUAUCGCAUUGCACAGGAAAUAUGGCCCAAUCGUGCGCAUCUCACCUCACUACUAUUCCAUCGAUGACCCCGAAGCCAUCAAAACCAUAUACUCGCAUGGGUCGAAGUUCAUCAAGGGAAAUUGGUACACCUCUUCAGCCAACCCUAGCAACAAACAGCCCGAUCUGUUCACGGACCUGAACCCCGAACGCCACGCCCUCAACCGACGGAACGUCGCAUCGCUGUACUCAAUGACGAGCCUGGUAGGCAUGGAGCCCAACGUCGUGGAUUGCGCGGCACUCCUGUCCCAGAAGUUCAACGACUUCGCUGUCAACGGCACACAGUUCAAUCUGCAAGUCUGGUUCCAGUACUUUGCAUUCGACACCAUUGCUUCCAUCACCCUGAGCAAACGCUUCGGCUUCCUCGACACAGGCGCCGACAACGGCGGCAUGAUUGCAGCUCUGCACUCAUAUCUCCAGUAUCUGUCCAAAGUCGGCGUCAUCCACGAAUGGCACCGAACAUUCAUGUGGAUACUCUCCUUCUUCCCCGCAGGCGGGAUGCGCUACAUGGGCGGCUUUAUGAUGGAGCAAGUCCAGGAAGGACAGCGAACGAAAUCGAAGAGCGAUCUCGAAAAGGAUGAGUCGAAACCCACGGACGACUUUCUCACCAAACUUCUGCGCAUGCACGCGCUGCAGCCCGAAAAGUUCCCCAUGGACGCUGUCUAUUCGACCUGCGGGACGAAUAUUGGAGCCGGAUCAGAUACGACGUCCGUCAGUCUAGCGGGCAUCAUGUACUGUCUCAUGAAACAUCCUGAGGCAGUGAGGAAGUUGAGAGAAGAGAUUGAUCAAGCCAUCGCCGAACGGGGGUCGAAGGAGAUGCUCACAUUCCAAGAGGCGCAGAAACUGCCAUAUCUUCAAGCUUGUAUCAAGGAGGGCCUUCGUUGCCAUCCUGCGACAGGCUUGCCCAUGGUUCGGGUGGUGCCUGAAGGCGGAGCCACCAUUGCAGGCAGAUAUUUCCCGGCAAAGACCGAAGUGGGUGUGAACAGCUGGGUAGCUCACGCCAAUCAAGAGGUCUUCGGUAAAGAUGCCGGAGAAUUUAGACCAGAGCGUUGGCUCGAGUCGGCGGAGAGAGCAUCGGAGAUGAAUCGCUAUAUCAUGACAUUCGGCGCAGGUUCAAGGACGUGUAUCGGGAAGAACAUCAGCUUGUUGGAGAUAUCAAUUCUUAUUCCGGAAUUGGUGAGACGGUUCGAUAUCACGCUGGCAGACCCCAAACAACCGCUCGAGACGGAAAACGUGUGGUUCGUGAAGCAAAAGAACCUCGAUUGUUAUGUGUCAUUGAGGCAGGAAUGA